AUGGAAGUUUAUCAUGUCAAUCAACGGGAUGAAAUUAGAAGAGCCUACUUGCAAAAAGGACCAUGUCAACCUCGAGAUCAUUCUUUCCAACAAAGAGAUAUUGGAGGCUUACCUUUUCGAGGUCAUGAUGAAAGUGAAGACUCGAUUAAUAGAGGUAACUUUCUUGAACUUCUUCAGUUCUAUGCUGAUCGAAAUGAUAAAGUAGGUCAUGUUGUAUUAAAGAAUGCUCCAAAGAAUUCACAAAUGACAAGUAGUUCAAUUCAAAAGGAUAUUGUACAUGUUGCGGCAAAGGAAACUACUAAGGUUAUUGUGAAAGAUAUCGGAAGUGAGUUCUUUGCAAUUUUAGUAGACGAAUCACGUGAUGUGUCUUGUAAAGAGCAAAUGGCAUUGGUUUUACAAUUCGUGAAUAGUCAAGGGGUUGUUGUGGAGAGAUUUAUUGGCAUAAAACAUUUACAAUUAACACUUGUGUUUGUUGCAAAGAAUCACCCAGACAUUAAUGACUUUUUUGACUUGAUUUCUCGUUUGUUAAACAUGAUUGGUUCUUCUUAUAAACGUCGAGACAAAUUAAGAGAGACACAAGCAACAAAAGUGGUAGAAGCAUUGGCUACAGGCGAGAUUCAAAGUGGUACGGGUUUGAAUCAAGAAGUUGGUAUCAAACGACCUUGUGAUACUCGUUGGGGUUCUCAUUUUGGUUCACUCUUAAAUAUCAAGAGAGUGUAUUCUUCAAUUUGUGAAGUACUUGAAGACGUUAAAGUUAAUAGUAAUUGUCAAGAUCAUAGAGCAGAAGCAUGUCGUCUCCUAAAUGAUGAAAGGUUUAAAAACUUGAAGGGAAUUGGAAACUUGGCAAAGAUGAUGGUUGAAACAAACAAGCAUACAAUAUAUCCAAUGGUAUAUCUUCUACUAAAAUUAGCAUUAACAUUGUCAGUUGCAACAUCCACUGUGGAACGUGCAUUUUCCGGAAUGAAGUUGAUAAAGAACAAUUUGCGUAAUAAGAUGAGUGAUCAGUUUAUGAAUGACUGUCUAGUAUCAUAUAUUGAGAAAGAUGUGUUAGAUAGUAUUAGCAAUGACAUAAUCAUAGAUUUUUUUAGAAAAAUGUCAACUCGUCGUGAACAAUUGUAA